AUGCCAGGCGGCAGCCGUGUGCUUCCCGUGUACUACAACGCCCCCGCAGCAAACCCGGCAGCCGCCCCCGGCCUCCUGCCCGUUGUGGUGUUUUCUCAUGGGCUCGCGGGCACCCGUAACGCCUACAGCAGCAUCUGCAUCGAACUGGCGUCUCAGGGCUAUGUGGUGGUGGCUCUGGAACACAGCGACGGCAGCGCCAGCUGCGCCCGACUGCCCAGAGGGGCGGACCCGCCCGCCCCCAACCGCACACCCGCUACCUCCACCGCUAUUACUGCAGAACCCACUAACCCUGGGGAUGCAGCAGCAGCAGCAGCAGCGGCAGUCAAUGCCCGGGAAGCGGGAGGUGUCUCUCAGUGCGUGGAGGCGGGUGGGGGCAGCGAGUGGUGCUUUUACGGCGGCCUGGGUGAUAAACCUGAGCAGCUGCGGAAGACCCGUCACCGCGUGGCUGAGGUGGCGGGGGUGUACGAGCUGAUGGAGCGGUUGCACCGCGGUACGAUAUUCGACGUCGGUGCGGAAGGCGACGUUUCCGCCUCCGCUGUCGUACGAGAACUGCCGCCUGCGGUAGCGGACAGCCUCCGGGGCAGGUUGGAUCUCCGGCGGGUGGCGGUGGCGGGGCACAGCUACGGCGGCGCCACGGCAGCAGCGGCGGCGGCUUCGCUGCCGUACUUCAAGGCGGCGGUGAGCCUGGACCCUUGGUGGGACUGCUUUGACGACUCCUGGCCCGUACUUAGCCGCUGGAGGUGUCCCCCGGGGGCCCCGCUGCUGGUCAUUGGGAGUGAGGACUGGAACACACCCAACGCGCAAGGCAAGCUCAAAUGCGGGGGGGAGAAUCAAGAGCGCGUGCUGUCUGCGGCGGCAGCGGGGGGCGGGGGGGCGCUGCUGGUGGUACCCCGCGGCAGCACACACGGCAACUUCGAUGACGUCCUGUUGGUGUUCGGGAAGUCGCUGUCGGCCCUGUUGCGACUGCUCGGCAUCCGAUCCAGUUUGGAGCCGCGGAGGGCUCAUCACAUCAACAUGUGGUGCAUCACCCAUUUCCUCUCUAAACACAUGCCAGCACUACCACCGCCACAAGAGCAGCUUACUACCAACAACACGAACACCAACACUGAUAGCAACAACCGCAAGGAAGGCGCAGUAGAGGACGGCGAGGGGCAGCCACCAAAAGGGGAGGACUCAUCAGCGCCGCUCCCACCGCUGAGGGGGGGGACCUCCCAGGAGGGCCAUCAACUGUCAACGCCCGUACAGGAGGACGACCUGGAGCCGUACAAGCGGCACGUGGGGGAGUGGGCGGCAAUACUGCGGGUGGUGGCGGGGCGAGCCGCAGCGGGGGUCCCUCCGUGA